UUAAAACCAGUCCUGUCCUUUCACCUUCUACCGAACGAAAGCAGGAAUCUCGUUCUCUUUGUCUGUCUAUUUCUCACCGCAGAGAAGGACAAAAAAUUCCUUCUUUUAGGGCAAUGGAGGCGUCUAUGAUGUUGAAGCUCAUCACCGCCGUGCUCGUUGCCAUUGUAGCCGCGUCUUCUCUGGUGGAGCAGGCCGCGGCCGCUGACGCUCCGGCUCCAAGCCCCACCUCCGGCUCCGUUACCACUUCUCCAGCACUCGUAUUUUCCUUCCUUUCCGCCCUCCUAGUGGGACACCUCUUCUGCUGAUCUUCUCCUUCCUGUUGUCGAUUUCUUCGUUUAAUUCGUUAAUGCGUGUACUGUGUUUGUUUGCUCCUCUGAAUUUACCCUCUGUCGUGUAAUUUUUAUUUUGGGUUUCCUUUCUAUUCAUGUAAUUAUGUACUAUGUAAUUUGUGAAUUUAUUUUGUAAUAUGAAAGCAGAUUUUUUUUUUCUCUU